AAAUAAUUAAAUGAAUAAUUAGAGCAAUCCAAAAGGUUAUAUGGGAGCACCUUAUUAGGGAAAUAUUUAUGGAUAAUAACAGGUGAACCCAUAACUUAAGGAUCUAUUUUAAACAUUAUAGAAAGAAUUUCAGUAUUAAAUAAUCAAAGCACCAAAUGAUUAUACAUAAUCUGCAAUUGUAACACUAAAGAAUUGCUAGAUUAGAAUGUAUAUUAAUCCACUAUUCUAGUGAUCAGAAUUAUAAUAUUGGUAUACCACCAACUUGUUCACUCAACAAUGCUCCAUAUGACUACACAAAAUUUUAUUAGUGGAAUAAUGGCUCAAAUCAUCUGACUUUAGUCCGUGCUAUUUAAGAUCAAUUCGAACUGCAUUCGAAACUUCUCUCAAAGUACUAUUUAUCAAUAUCAGUGCAGUCCAGUGGUAUAAGAGUAUUGUGAUUUUGUUACUUCUCUUCAUGUAGAUGAUUGUGUUAAUAAAAUUAAAAAUAUGCCAGUUUCUUAAAUGUUACCAGGUCUUUCAUAAUAAGAAUACCAAGUUUGGUUGAAUUCAGAUGAAAAACAAUAAGUUCUAAUGAACUUAUUACCUUAAAUUCAAGAAUUGAGGAAUUUAAAGGAGAAAAUGUUAAAAUAUGUUUAAUAAAAUGAGAUUAUUGCUGGUAUAAAUAGAAAACGAUGAAAAUUUAGGUUUGAUUGAAGCCAAUGAUUCAGAGAUUAAAUCCAGAGUAGAAAGAUUACUUACUAGAAAUAAUUAAUUUGAAGAAGAGAAAAAUAAUUAUCUAUAAUUAUCUAAUAGAAGCAGGGCAUUGAGUGAAAGAUUCUAAAACUCAAAGGUGAAUUUCUUAUUCUAAUAAAUUUGUGAAUAAUAUGACGAAUUAGCAGACAAACUAUUGGAAUCCUCAUAAUCUGAGGACUAUGAAGAUUGUAAUAAAUUUGUAUAAUCGAUUUAGAGGCCAACCAAUAUUUUUAGAAUAGAAAAAAGUAUCAAAAGACCUUAGUACUAUCAGAGAAGUUUAGACAGAUGAAACAUAUCUGAUGGGAAAUUUAUUUCUAUAUAUAUC